AUGCUCAAGAAGCACUGGGCUGGGGUUCGAGCGGCCAGCACUGAUCAGGGUGGUGGGGGUCCCGCCGACGAGCAUGCCACUGAUGACGCACUGCCAAGGGCUCCGCCUUCGGUCGCCGAUAAGCCACCACGACAGGGUAGCGGUGAAGAAGGGCUGCGCGACAAGGAGAAGGCGGCCGCAAAAACGGCCCCAGCUGGCCAGGGCCCGAAGACAGGGGUCGCGGUGGCGUCAGCGGUUCCUCACCAGCCCCCAGCUGGUGCACGCCCUCCGACCGGACCGUCUGCCGGGCGACCUGCCGACGUCCCGCGCUCUGCCGACGUCCCGGCUGCCGACAAGGCUGGCCGCGCGGGGAAAGGGGCGGCAGUUGCGGACGCGCUCAAGGAGCAGCUCAGGCGCCUAGCCGGCCACAAGGCUGUUCAACAGCCCCCCGCUGCUGUCGACGCCCCAUCUGCCAGUGUCCCAAAGUCGCCGGUCGUCGCCGCCCGUGCUCCUGCAGACCCAAAGUCCGCGUUGCUGCGCGCCCAGUUGGGCGCACUAGCGUCGACUGCGCCAACUCAGCAGGCUUCUGCCUCCGGCGCUAAGACGUCGUCGGCAAAAGUCGCACCACCCACCCCUGUGGCAGCUGAGGUUGAGAAGGCGGCGGAGAAGGGCGUUCGUGCCGCCCUUGCCACCGGCGGCGGCCCCGUCGAGCAGGCGCCCCCCGAUGCUGAUAUCGCUGCCAUACAGGCCCACCUGGAUGCUGCCAAUCCCCGACCGCUGGCCAUCUCCGACACGGCACAUGUGGAGCCUUCGGCGGGUCUCGUCGGCAGUCCAGCAGAGCCGACUGCGACCGGUGAUGCUGUCGGCGAUGAGAAGGCGAAACGGAAGGGGAAGGCGGGCUCACAGAGGAAGACGCGGGAGAAGUCGGAGGCGAAGGCGGCGGAUAGAGGGAAGGGGAAGGCGGCUGAGACGGCGGCUGACAAGGAUGGAGGCGGCAAUACGGGGGUGAAAGGGAAAGCGGGGGAGAAUCAGAAGUCGCUCGGCGAGGGUACGUCGACGGGGAGGAAGGGGAAGGACAAGUCGGUAGGAGAAGGUGCGUCGACGGGGAGAAAGGGGAAGGAGAAGGCGGUCGGCGAUGGUUCGUCGAAAGGGAGAAAGGGAAAGCGGAAGGCGGCGGAGGAGGAUGUCGAGGAGGUGGAGGACGUCGAGCAGGAGGAAGAAGAAGAGGCGGAGGAGGAGGUGGAGGAGGCGGAUGAGGACGAUGAGGAGGAGGAGGAGGUGGAGGAGGAGGAGGAGGAGGGGGGGAAGAGCAAGGAGAGGCGGGGUCAUGGCAUCCGACACGAUACCUCGGGCGACAAGCUAGGAUGGGUCGGCGAGAUUAAGGUGCACGGCAUCAAUCGAUACAUCGGCAAGUCGCGUGAGAAGAUGGAGCUCGCGUACGUGCACUCCAUCGCGUUCGUCGUCUACGACGGUUUCGUGAGCAAGGUGCUCAUGAACGAGCUCACCGUCCUGGACAGCGCCGAGUUGGAGAGGUGGAAGGAGGUGUGGGAGGAGGUCAGGAUCUUGCCGACCGGGAUGUGGACGGUGAUGUGGGCCCGGGGAACGCUCCUUCCAAAGACACGGCUGAAUGAGAUCCUCGACAAGUAUCGACAUUACAAGACCACUGGCGAUGCGCUGCACGCCGCGCUCCUGCCAGCGAUAUGGUACCCAGUCGAUCCCGACACCGAGGAAGGCCGAGAGAAGUCGGCGUCCAUGCUGUCCGCGUUGAUUGGCCGCGUGUCAAUGUGCGCUGCGUAUGGGAAGACCGCUGCGACAGCGGCGAGAAAGGAGGGAGACAGCGACGAGAAGACGGAUAUGGCGGCAUGGGCGUUAGGAGCAUCCGCAUGCGCUGUGUGGUGCUUCGUCGAGAACGGCGAUGCCCAGGUGGAGGAUGCUGUGGAAGAAGGGAAGGCGGCGGCGCUUGUGGGCGGAGCGAGCCAGGCGACCGCCGAUGUAUUCGGCAAAGUCAUGGAGGCGGUGCUGAACGCCGAGAUCAACAGGGACCGCCCCCUGGGAGAGGUUGCUUACAACGUCGCGCCAGCACUCAAGAGGACCGCCCUUGACAUGGCCUAUCCGGGGGUGGAUGCCGGAGUCGAUGCCGACGUGAUCGCAAGAGCGACGGUCGAGACGAUGGCGUUCUGGGGAAUGUGCCCCGUCGCCGGGCCGAAACUCAAAGCGAGGGGCAUCGCGGUGCCGAUUGACGCGCAGAUGAAGGCCGAUAUCGACAACAGGGGGAGAAAGGGUCAGAGGGGCAAGAAGGCGACGAAGGCCAAGGGCGGCACGGAGAAGAAGGGGACGAAGGGCCAGAAGGCGAAGGAGUCGGCGUAG